AUGAUCAUCACCCUUUUCCUAUCUUCAAAUCUGUUGCAGAAAGCUAAGAACGAGAUAUUGGCAGAAUUUCAAGGAAAAGAACCAGCCAACAUUUUCGAGAGAAUACGGUAUAUAUUCGUAUUUAACACAACGCAAACUCUGAUGAGACUUGACAGUGUUCUUGCCUCCUUCAAUUCUGAUUCAAAUGAUCUACACACUAUCUUUGUACCAUUGGUGAAGACCUAUGCGACAACAUAUGAAGCACUUACACAGUCCCAGCCCGUAACUUGCACUGUAACAGGAACAAAAUUUGACCCUGUUCCCCCUCCCAAUAUUGUCAUCCUCGACGUCUCUGCCUAUGCGCACCUUCAAGCUACACGCUCCAUUACCGGCCACGCAGUCCCAAUCGUCUCAUGGGUAACAGGACAUGCCUCGUCAGCCAUCCGCCUUUUUGGACCUGCGGACAGGGGCGGGCAUGGUGACCUCGGCGCACGUAGCGCAGAAUGGGCACUCCAAACAGGGGCUUCGCUCGAGGAUAUCGGCGAUUCGACGAAGGGGACGGUGGUGAGGAUCCCCGGUGUACCACCGAUGUAUGAUUGGGAGUUCUUUCCUCAGGAUGUAUGUGCUGCUAAGUUACCUUAUGGUUUUACACUCAAAUGGUCUUUGGAAUUUGACGAAUCUAAAGACUUCCUGGACAAAGCGCUUGCAGAAUACGGGGAAAGAUCCGUCAUGCUGAUAUCCUUUGGGAUGAUAUUUUGGCCAACAAGACAGGAGUACAUUGAAGAGGUACUAGAAGUCCUGAUUGAGAAAGAAUUCCCAUUUAUCAUCUACCUAAAUACGGCACCACUCGCCACACUGUCCAACAACUUGAUCGAAAAGAUAAAGAUGUCAUGCCUUGGACUUGUGCCCAAGCGUAUCAAUCAACAAGAGAUUUUAAACCAUCCAGUUAGUCCCAGCCUUGUGCUAGGGUGA